GGGUCCUGUUGGAAUCAGCUUAGAGUGAAUGCCCAAGCAGCCUCAGAGAGGAAGAGACAUCAGGGGGCACCACGCAUGAGCAGCUUUCGGGGACCGCCACUCCACAUAGUCCCGGGACGGCCACAUGGCUCCGCACGCAGGACCCCUCAGGACGACAAGCUCCCACCCUGGGCUCCAAGGCCCCGUCUCCCCACACUUCUGUCUGGAGAGCCACAUUCGGGGGACUUUGCUGUCAAUUGCACCAGGACACCUGGCGCACGGGUCUGACGGGCUGGCGGCGCCCGGAGAAUAGUGUGCCGAAGCUUGCGUCACCUCUAGACACAUCUAGACACAUCCACCAGACACAUCUCCUCCCCAGUCUGCCUGACCUGUUGCUUGGGGACACGUCCCACGGCUGGUCCUGACGUCCGCCUGAUCAACCAUCGCUUCCUAGAGAACGAGGAGGAAGGCAGACGCAGGAGAUCAUGCCACCGAUGGCCGGACAGCAAUGAGCGGGUGAUGCCGUGUUGACGUCAGAGACGGAGAAGACAAAGCCCCAGAGCAGCUCAUUCCUGAGACGCCUCAGCACCAGCCCCCUCUUCCUCCGAGCACGCCCUGAAGCCUGGCUCCUCUUGGUGAAACCAUCUUGGCUUGACGCAUUUUGAGGUCUUCAGACACCUGGGUAGUAGACACCAUGGAGAAUCAGGUGUUCAGCGUUCAGCAGAUCCAACCCAACGUCAUCUCCGUCCGCCUCUUCAAGCGCAAGGUGGGGGGCCUGGGGUUCCUGGUGAAGGAGCGGGUGAGCAAGCCGCCCGUGAUCAUCUCCGACCUGAUUCGAGGGGGUGCCGCGGAGCAGAGCGGCCUCAUCCAGGCCGGUGACAUCAUCCUUGCAGUCAACGGGCAGCCCCUGGUGGACCUGAGCUAUGACAGCGCCCUGGAGGUGCUCAGGGGCAUCGCCUCUGAGACCCACGUGGUCCUCAUUCUGAGGGGCCCCGAGGGCUUCACCACUCACCUGGAGACCACCUUCACUGGGGACGGGACCCCCAAGACCAUCCGCGUGACACGGCCUCUGGCUCCCCCCACCACCGCUGUCGAUCUGUCUCACCAGUCAUCGGCCAGCAGAGAGCACUCACCGGCAGUGGACAGGGCCACGGGUCCUGGCAAUGGGCCGCAGCACGCCCAAGACGCUGGGCAGGAAGCCGGCUCUCUCCCCCAUACCAAAAGCCGGGCUCCCGGGCCCCCGGGCCAGGACUCUGCCAAGAAGAGCAUCCAGGGCAGCCAGAACAGUGAUUUGCUCAAAGAGAUAGAACCUGUACUGAGCCUUCUCACCAGUGGGAGCAAAGGGAUCAAUGGCGGGGGACCUUCUAAGGCAGAGACGAAGGAUGCAGAAGUCCAGGUGGACAGAGGUAUGGAUGGCAAGUCACACAAGCCACUGCCCCUGGGCGUGGAGAAUGACCGAGUCUUCAGUGACCUGUGGGGGAAGGGCCACGUGCCUGUCGUCCUCAACAACCCAUAUUCAGAGAAGGAGCAGCCCCCUGCCUCGGGAAAACAGUCUCCUACAAAGAACGGCAGCCCCUCCAAGUGCCCCCGCUUCCUCAAGGUCAAGAACUGGGAGACCGACGUGGUCCUCACUGACACCCUUCACCUUAAGAGCACAUUGGAAAUGGGCUGCACCGAGCACAUCUGUAUGGGCUCCAUCAUGCUCCCCUCUCAGCAGAUACGAAGGCCUGAAGACGUCCGCACAAAAGAACAGCUCUUCCCUCUCGCCAAAGAGUUCAUUGACCAGUACUACUCAUCAAUUAAAAGGUUUGGCUCCAAAGCCCACACGGAGAGGCUGGAAGAGGUGAACAAAGAGAUCGAAACCACCGGCACCUACCAGCUCAAAGACACGGAGCUCAUCUACGGGGCCAAGCAUGCCUGGCGGAACGCCUCCCGCUGCGUGGGCAGGAUCCAGUGGUCCAAGCUGCAGGUGUUCGAUGCCCGCGACUGCACCACGGCUCACGGGAUGUUCAACUACAUCUGCAACCACAUCAAGUAUGCCACCAACAAGGGGAACCUCAGAUCCGCCAUCACCAUAUUCCCCCAGAGGACGGACGGCAAGCACGAUUUCCGAGUCUGGAACUCUCAGCUCAUCCGCUAUGCCGGCUACAAGCAGCCUGAUGGCUCCAUCCUGGGGGACCCAGCCAAUGUGGAAUUCACAGAGAUCUGUGUGCAGCAGGGCUGGAAACCCCCAAGAGGCCGCUUCGAUAUCCUGCCACUCCUGCUCCAGGCCAACGGCAACGAUCCCGAGCUCUUCCAGAUCCCCCCAGAGCUGGUGUUGGAAGUGCCCAUCAGGCACCCCAGGUUUGAGUGGUUCAAGGAUCUGGGCCUGAAGUGGUAUGGCCUCCCCGCUGUGUCCAACAUGCUGCUGGAGAUUGGCGGCCUGGAGUUCACCGCCUGUCCCUUCAGCGGCUGGUACAUGGGCACAGAGAUUGGCGUCCGCGACUAUUGUGACAACUCUCGAUACAACAUCCUGGAGGAAGUGGCCAAGAACAUGAACUUGGACAUGAGGAAGACGUCCUCCCUGUGGAAGGACCAAGCACUGGUGGAAAUCAACAUUGCUGUUCUCUACAGCUUCCAGAGUGACAAAGUGACCAUCGUUGACCACCACUCUGCCACCGAGUCCUUCAUCAAGCACAUGGAGAAUGAAUAUCGCUGCCGGGGGGGCUGCCCCGCCGACUGGGUGUGGAUUGUGCCCCCCAUGUCUGGCAGUGUCACCCCUGUCUUCCACCAGGAGAUGCUCAACUACCGACUCACCCCGUCCUUCGAAUACCAGCCUGAGCCUUGGAACACCCACGUCUGGAAAGGCACCAAUGGAACCCCCACAAAGCGGCGAGCCAUCGGCUUCAAGAAGCUGGCAGAAGCCGUCAAGUUCUCAGCCAAGCUUAUGGGGCAGGCAAUGGCUAAGAGGGUCAAGGCGACCAUCCUUUAUGCCACAGAGACGGGCAAGUCGCAGGCCUAUGCUAAAACCUUGUGUGAGAUCUUCAAACAUGCCUUUGAUGCCAAGGUGAUGUCCAUGGAAGAAUAUGACAUUGUACACCUGGAACAUGAAACUCUGGUCCUAGUGGUUACCAGCACUUUUGGCAAUGGCGACCCCCCAGAGAAUGGGGAGAAAUUCGGCUGCGCUUUGAUGGAAAUGAGGCACCCCAACUCCGUGCAGGAGGAAAGGAAGAGCUACAAGGUCCGAUUCAAUAGUGUUUCCUCGUAUUCUGACUCCCAUAAAUCAUCAGGCGACGGGCCAGACCUCAGAGACAACUUUGAGAGUGCUGGACCCCUGGCCAACGUGAGGUUCUCCGUAUUUGGCCUUGGCUCCCGGGCUUACCCUCAUUUCUGCGCCUUUGGACAUGCCGUGGACACCCUCCUGGAGGAGCUGGGAGGAGAGAGGAUCCUGAAGAUGAGGGAGGGAGACGAGCUCUGUGGGCAGGAAGAGGCUUUCAGGACCUGGGCCAAGAAGGUCUUCAAGGCAGCCUGCGAUGUGUUCUGCGUGGGAGAUGACGUCAACAUUGAGAAGGCAAACAACUCCCUCAUCAGCAACGACCGCAGCUGGAAAAGAAACAAGUUCCGCCUCACCUACGUGGCCGAAGCUCCGGAACUUACACAAGGUCUAUCCAAUGUCCACAAAAAGCGGGUCUCGGCCGCUCGACUCCUCAGCCGCCAAAACCUUCAGAGCCCUAAAUCCAGCCGAUCAACGAUCUUCGUGCGUCUCCACACCAAUGGGAAUCAGGAGCUGCAGUACCAGCCUGGGGACCACCUGGGCGUCUUCCCUGGCAACCGCGAGGACCUCGUGAACGCCCUGAUGGAGCGGCUGGAAGAUGCUCCCCCAGUCAACCAGCUGGUGAAGGUGGAACUGCUGGUGGAGAGGAACACGGCUUUGGGCGUCAUCAGUAACUGGACAGAUGAGCACCGCCUCCCGCCCUGCACCAUCUUCCAGGCCUUCAAGUACUACCUGGACAUCACCACACCGCCCACGCCACUGCAGCUGCAGCAGUUUGCGUCCCUGGCCACCAGCGAGAAAGAGAAGCAGCGACUGCUGGUCCUCAGCAAGGGCUUGCAGGAGUACGAGGAAUGGAAAUGGGGCAAGAACCCCACCAUCGUGGAGGUGCUGGAAGAGUUCCCGUCCAUCCAGAUGCCCACCACCCUGCUCCUGACCCAGCUGUCCCUGCUGCAGCCUCGAUACUAUUCAAUCAGUUCUUCCCCAGACAUGUACCCUGACGAGGUGCACCUCACCGUGGCCGUUGUCUCCUACCACACCCGAGAUGGAGAAGGACCAAUUCACCACGGCGUGUGCUCCUCCUGGCUCAACCGGAUACCGGCUGACGAAGUGGUCCCCUGUUUCGUGAGAGGAGCACCCAGCUUCCACCUGCCCCGAAAUCCCCAAGUGCCCUGUAUCCUCAUUGGCCCAGGCACUGGCAUUGCCCCCUUCCGAAGCUUCUGGCAGCAGCGACAAUUUGAUAUCCAGCACAAAGGAAUGAGCCCCUGCCCCAUGGUCCUGGUGUUUGGGUGCCGGCAAUCCAAGAUAGACCACAUCUACAGGGAGGAAACUCUACAGGCCAAGAACAAGGGGGUCUUCAGAGAACUCUACACGGCCUACUCGCGGGAGCCAGACAAACCAAAGAAGUACGUUCAGGACAUCCUGCAGGAGCACUUGGCAGAACCUGUGUACCGAGCCCUGAAGGAGCAAGGGGGCCACAUUUACGUCUGCGGGGACGUCACCAUGGCCGCCGAUGUCCUCAAAGCCAUCCAGCGCAUCAUGACCCAGCAAGGGAAACUCUCAGCGGAGGAUGCCGGCGUGUUCAUCAGCAGGCUGAGGGAUGACAACCGGUACCAUGAGGAUAUUUUCGGGGUCACCCUGCGAACAUAUGAAGUGACCAACCGCCUUAGAUCUGAAUCCAUUGCCUUCAUUGAGGAGAGCAAAAAAGACACUGAUGAAGUUUUCAGCUCCUAACUGGCUCCUCUUGCCCAGAUGGAUGGCCGGGGGGGCUGUCCCCUGCGCUCCGGCAGGGGCGGCUGCAGGUUUUCUAAGCGUGGACACUGCUGAACCUUCCCUACGGGACCCCACGUGGCCCCCGCUGUCCCUCUCGUCCUGUCACCGUGGUUGUUCCUCUUCUGGGUCCCCACCCCUCGGUGGUUUCCUUGGCCCUCCUGGGUUUUCUCCUUGAGUUUUCCUGCCGCAAUGCGAUGCCUUUAUAAUCCACAGUGGCUCUUCCAAAACUGUGUCCCACUCUCUCUCUCUCUUCCU